UAUCGUUUGCUAACAACGUUGAGUUAACACUUUUACCCAAUGGGCACCAGAACACCAUUUUCACCCCUUGGUGUUUUCCUUUCAACAUCAUCUUACAAACACGAAGCUAAUAAGUGCAAAAUGCAGCUGCGUCUAAAAACACACAGUGACAACUUAUGUUACAGGAUCAAAACCAUGUCAUCAUUCAAGGAUUCAAUCUUUGCAUGUGAUCCUACACCAUCAAGUACGAUCAAAGAAUUCUUCAACUGCAUUAACGAAAAAAAUGUAAAGCAACUUGAAAACUACAUAUCGAGUGAUUGCUUCUUUGAAGACCUCUCCUUUCCAAAACCGUUCAAGGGCAAAAAGGAGGUUGUACAUUUUCUUGAUCAACUAAUCACAGGAAUGGGUCCAAACAUCCAGUUUCAUGUUGGUCAUAUCUAUGAAGGCAACGAUAAUCUUACAGCUGGAGUAAAUUGGCACCUUGAAUGGAAAAACAAGCAGGUGCCCUUUACAAGAGGAUGCAGUCUCUACACAUUAACACAAGAAGGCGAAAGACUAAUAAUAAGGAAUGCACAAGUUUUCGUUGAGUCACCAAUCAAACCUGGAGAUUUGUUCCUGAUCCUCUUAAAGAUUGUGACUUCAUUAUUUGAUGCUUUCCCAGAGGCUACCGAAUGGUUCUUUCGGAGUCAAAAUGUCAUAGUGCAAGUAUUGUUAAAGGUUUAUAGCAUACUUCUGGUCCCAUUCAUAAGCCCGAUACUGUCUUUCUAUGUGAAUCUCUGGAAUUUUAUUGUGCGAUAUGUGUCCAUAGCAUUAAAGAUAUUAGAAUUGUCUUCGAGAUUAUUUACAGAACGAAAAGACUAGAAUUCCCUUCUGAUUAACUUGUUUGUCAUUAUGUUUAAUUAUAAUGGAUUAAUGGUGGUC